AUGAAUGCUACCAGUUUGUAUGUCUCCACUUGUCAAUUGAUAAUAUUAGCGGACCCAGCGGAUAAAAGUUCAUGGACUGAUUUAUUUCGUUUAGUACCUUAUUUACGACAAUCCUUGUCUUGUACGGUUUGCGGAAAUUUACUGAAAGAGCCCUAUACACCCACAAAUUCUAGUUGUCAACAUCACGUAUGUAAAAAUUGCAAAGGAGGAAGGAAAAAGUUAAAACCCUCUUGUAACUGGUGCAAAGACUAUGACGAUUAUUCUGAAAACUUGCAGCUAAGGAUCCUAUUACAGUGUUACAAAAAGCUCUGUGAAUAUUUUAUGGGGACUCCAAUAUUUAGGUCUUUAUUGGAAGAGGAUAAAGUAGCAGCCGGUGUUAAUGGUGGUGCAUUGGCCAGUUCAGGUUUGAUAGACUUCAUACGAGAAGCAGCUAGAUUUGAAGAUGAUUUCAAGUACAAUGCUGGCCUUUCUAAAUCAGCAUACAGUAUUUUACCCUGUGUUUACACUAAUUCAACAUCAACACAGACACAAGUUGCCCAGGCGUCUAACACAAUGGAGACAAGAUCAUCAAACAAAGGUUCUCCAACUAGAGGACUUUCAAACGGCUCCCCUUUGUAUUCAGUUAUGUAUGCAGGUUCAGGUAAUAAAAUUACAAUCAAAAGAAAAGCAGUUGAAGAGACGGAAAAACCAAAAAUGGAGCAAGCUGCUCGAGAAAUUAAGCCAAACCAAUUGGGCUUUAAAAAGCCAUCAAAUCGGUCUCGCAACCCAAGCAGCAAAAGAAAAGGCUGCCGCUGUGGCAAUGCAACUGCUACACCAGGAAAGUUGACAUGUUGUGGACAACGCUGUCCGUGUUACGUAGAGAGUAAGCCCUGCACUGAGUGUAAAUGUAAAGGAUGCAGAAAUCCACAUAGACCCGAUGGAUUGAAGAUACGUCCGCACAUACCCCAGCUAGAAAACUUGCAAAUAUUAAAUACAAACCCAGACAGUUCACCAUCCUGCUCAGGGUCCAUGGACAGCUUGGAUACUGAUGCACUGACAAUAGAAGCUAUGGAAGAAUCUCUUAGUUUUAGCACCGAGUAUAAAUCGUCCGAUAUCAAUGUGUACACAAGUCAUAUACAAGAUGUGUCACCAUCGUUGCCUGCUACAAUAUUAAUGGAUGAAGAACUCCCCAAUUCUCCAGACGAUGACUUAAGUUCCCCCUGCGAGUACACUCAGUCUUCACCGAGAGGAACCAAUGACACGGAGCCGUCGCCUUGCUCUACGGGCACCCAGGAUGUUAUAAGUGACAUUGAUAAUGAUGUAUGA